GUACAUGCUUGAGCUCGAGCUCGAGCUCGAGCUCGAGAUGCUCUCACCGCUGCCCCUUACAGUCCGUCCAGGGCCACGACUCGGCGACGGCCCACUGCUCGUGUACCCUGCUGCCGUCUUCGCAAUGUAUAAGACGACGCGGCUGCGCGAGAAUGAUACCGUAGACCUGUCUAUUCCUCUGUUUGCUGUGCCCUACCACCAAGUCCUCGAGUUCCCUCUUUGUUGUCUUGCUCUGUCUCGCCCGCCGUCAUCAUGUUGGCCAAGCUGUCUCUUCUCCCUCUGCUGUCCGCCGCUGUUUCGGCGUCUCCUCUUCUGGAUGCCAGGGCCCCGGUGGCCGCACUUGACGAGAGAGCUGUGACGGUGUCUGCCGCCGAUCUGUCCAACUUCGAGUACUAUGUGCAGAUGGUGGCAGCAACCUCCUGCAACAGCGAGGCUGCUGUCGGUGCCUCCAUCACCUGCAGUGCGGACUCCUGCCCCGAUGUCGAGGCCAACGGCGCUAAGAUCGUCGGCACUUUCUCCGGCCUCGUGUCUGGCCUCCAAGGCUACGUUGCCACGGACCCUGUGAAGAAGAACAUCGUCAUUGCCAUCCGUGGUUCCAACAACGUCCGCAACUGGAUCACUAACAUCCUCUUCGCCUUCGACGACUGCGACUUUGUCGACGACUGCAAGGUCCAUACUGGCUUCGCCAACGCCUGGAACGAGGUCAAGAACUCCCUCUUGACCUAUGUCAAGUCGGCCAAGGCCGCCAACCCCAAUUACACCAUCAUCGCGACUGGCCACUCCCUCGGUGGUGCUGUUGCCACCAUCGCCGCCGCUGACCUCCGCCGCGACGGUUACGCCGUCGACCUUUACACGUACGGCAGCCCCCGUGUUGGCAACGAUGCUUUUGUCAACUUCGUCACCGUCCAAGCCGGCGCCGAGUAUCGCAUCACCCACGUGGACGACCCCGUUCCCCGUCUGCCUCCCAUCCUCUUUGGCUACCGUCAUACCAGCCCCGAGUACUGGCUGUCCACCGGUAGCGCCACCACCAUCGACUAUGACAUCUCCGACAUCAAGGUCUGCGAGGGCGAUGCCAGCACAAAGUGCAACGGCGGCACCUUUGGACUCAACGUCGACGCCCACAAGUACUACUUCCGCAGAACCGGUGCCUGCAGCACGGACGGCUUCGAGUUCCGCCAGAGGGAGGAGGAGAUCUCGGAUGAGGACCUUGCCGCCCGCCUCACGGCUUGGGCCGAACAGGACAUUGAGAUCUCCAAAAGUCUGGGACAGGCUUAGACGACAAGAUAUACGAUGCAUUGUACAUACUGGAGGCAAACAUAUUAUGACCAUGUUAUGAAGGCAGGAGCGGGCCUCUGGAGUUUUUUUUGGAAAGAAAGCAUCAAUACGAUUAAUACCACGAUAGGACCACGGGAACCCUAGACGUGCCACGCGUCUUUGUUGACCGAGAGAGACCAGAAUAAUCACGUACAUAAUUGUAUAGUACAUAAUCUACACCGGUAUCCGACAUUCACUUCAACUGGUCCAUCUUCUACGACC